AUGGCGUCAACAGUACAAAAUAAUCGAGAGGAGUUACAAACAAGUAGGACACCAAGUCCUAAAGUAACCACAUUACCUUAUAUCAAUCCAGCCAAUGAAAGUAUUAUUACCCAAAGGAACGAAGAUCAUUCUGGCAGAAUGAGUUCGUCAAAUAUUGCCAACGAUCAUAUACCACAAGAAGUUUUAGCCAACUUAAUUCGAUUAUCAACACCACCACCUAAUAAAGAUCAUGUUGGCAUAUCUGCAAAAAAGAAGUCCAAGAAGCUACCAUCGCCAAGAACACCAUCCAAUGCUUGGAAUUUCGCAUCGACAAGGGAAAAAUUUAAACAUUUGGCUGAAAAACCUACAUGCACAUGUGGAGCUGGAAGUGGGCUGACUUUCUUGUAUGAUAAAUCGAAUAGUCCAGUAAAAGAUACUGAAGUAUCCAUUGAUGACAAUGAAAGAGCUGAGAAAAGUCAAGAGUUAGCGCGAACAGUGUUAAAAAAUCCUAACAAUGAAACUAAAUUAAGCGUAUCGCGUGAAAAAAUCAUUACAUCGUUAGCAGAUACGGAAGCUAAAGACUCAAACGACGAAGAGAAAAAUACAACGGUUGCAAAAACGACGCAUAAAAUACCAGAUACAUUAAUUCCACUCGAAUAUCAUAUCAUCAAGGCACCCGCUGUUGCUGGACUAGAGUUCCAAGAUGAGCGGCCAACUAGUAGACAAGAAGUUCUUCAGUUAAAGCAUACAAUGGAGUUAAUGCUUAAAAAAGCUGGUAUAUCUGACCUUGAUACUUCUAAAUCCACGGGACCAACACAGAUCCACAACUUAUUAGAUGUCAUUGAAAAGGAACAAACGAUUUAUAACAUUUGUUUUCAUGAAGUUAUUCGACAGGUAAGCGUUGAAUGUGUAGAACGUGGAGAGCUACUGGCAGAUAUUCGUCAAAGAUAUUCGGGAUUAUUUAAUCGUAUUCCACGUCAAAUUAUGAGACGAUUGAUUGCUGAACUAUCGCGAUUUAAAACUUCCAUUGGUGAUUUAUCCAAAGAGUUAGCUGAAGUUAGAAAUCAUGAUUUUCGAAUGAGUUCGGAAGCUAAACAAGCAAAAGCUAAGCUUGUAUCAGCAAUGGAAGAAUCCGAUAAAAACGUUAGUUUACUUACUGAAUACCAUCAGUUAUACGAAUUACAACGAAGGCGGUUAGAAGUCCAAGUUGCUCAAUUAUCAGAGGAACGAGAGAUCUGGAGCAAUUGUGCAUAUAGUCUAUCUUUGAAGGUAACAGAAAGCCAUCAGCUCAAUACAGCAAGAAGAUUACAUCUAAGUGAAAAAGCGUGGGUGAAAUUUGCUACUCAUUUCACUGUUUUAACAAGUGAUCGCGACUCAAUUGAGUUAUCUCAACUACAACACAAAGCUCAUAUGUGGCAAGAAAAGAUCGACCGAUUUGUUCGUAGUGUAAAUAAGAAAGAAAACAACUUGUGCGACCAAUUAAAUAAAACUAAUAGUGGUAUUCGAAGAUGGUUAAAAGAAUUUGAUAAAUGUCUAUACCCUGAAGCUGGAGCACAAAAUGCAACCCUGCCAAGUAACUCUUUCUUGCAAAAAUUUCUUAAUGAUGUCAAUUUAUGGGAAGGAAUUAUUAAUGCAGAAAUUGAAAAAUUCACUGGUGACAGUAUUCUAACUGCGCAGGAAGAAAUUAAACAUGCUACUAAGCUGGUUGAGGCUUGGACAGAUUUAACCAUAAAACUAUCUGGUCGCCAUUCAACUUCCACCCAAAGUUGUAUUAUAGAAAUGAAAAAUAUUAAUCAAGAAAUAGGAAUAUUUAAUGCAAGAUUCAUAAUCAGAGUGGCCGGUGAAAAUGGUGUUGCUAAGGCCCUAAUUGAUAUGGUUAAUAACAUGGAAACAUGGGCAAAUCGAAUUUAUGUUCAUUUUAACACCGAUCCAUUAACAGAAACAGAUUGGUUUAGGCUUUAUAACUCCAUCACUGAUUGGGAGGAUAAAAUUAAGUAUAUUCACGAAAUUAUUGGAACUGUCAGAACUGAAUUCGAUAGUGAAGCAAUGACACCAGAAAAAUGCCAACAGGCAAUACAAAAUUUAUUUUUAACCUUACAAAAUUGGACAAACUCUAUAACUCAUGCCGUAGAAAAUGAUGAUACGAAAAUUAUUAAUCAAGUAACAUCAGUUCAUAUGGAUAUGAUUAGUUGGAUGGUGCAGUUACUACUACAGGUAACACCAGAUAUGGACGAUAGCCCUUAUAUGCAACAUUUCCGUGAAAAUGGCAAGAAAUAUAAGACUGCAGAUGAUGUUAAAGCAGCUGCAGUCAGUAUUAUCGAACGCUUGCGAUCCUUCACUAAGGAUAUUAUUAGUAAUUCCAAUGAUAUUGUUAUGGAAACACGACAAGCAAAAUUAGAUUUACAUGAUGAAACAGCAGAUGAUGAUUAUAAAGACUUACAGAGAAUGAAACGCGAAUGUGACGAAUGGAUUGAAGCAGCUGGAUUAUUAGUUGGAGAGAUGUUGCAAAUACAAGGUGAUUCCUUAAAGCGACUCUUUAGCGAUAAGACAACAUGGGCAGCUACACCUGAGGAACUUAAAAUUAGGCCUAUAGAAGCAGUCUCCUCUAAUCAGCUUGCAACUAGUAAGGAAGGAACUGAAGAGCAAGAGGAUAAAACUGCACAGACUGAUCAACCACAAUUGGAAAAGCAGGAUGAAGGUUUGAAAGAUUCAGCUUUAUCUCAAGAAGAAGUUGAUACUCCACCAGAAGAAGUUCAAGGUGAAAAUAUGGAACAAAAUCAGGAAGAAAAACCCCCCAAAAUACCUGAAAGCGCUGAAACGAAUCGAGAAGAAGAAGAAAAGAGUCAAGAAGCAGUUAAAGAAGAUGAUACUGUAAAUGAAGUGAAUAACGACGUUACUGAUAGCAUAGAUUCUACCAAUAAAAUCGAUGAAAAACCUGUAGAAGAGACCCAAGAUCAAAUAGAAGAAGAUGAUACGGUAAAGGAGACAAAGCCACAAGGUGAAGAAAUAGUAGUUGUUGCCGAUGAUGAAAAUAUCCGAACCAGAAAUUUAACAGCCCUUGAACAAUCGAUUCGAAGAACUGGUACACCAGGACAACAUUCAGCUAUCUCUCUACCAAGCUCUGAUACUAUUGAAGCAAGUAAUAAUCUCAAGGCAUUACAGCCGCUAAACCAACAUUUAUUAGAAACAGAACUUCGUGCUCAAGAGGCUGAAGAUCGAGCGAUUAAGGCUGAAUUUUCAUUGAAGGAAGCACUAAAUAAGAUUAUAACAUUGGAAAGGCAAUUACAAGAGCAAGAGCAAAAGCAAAAGCAUGAACCUAAAAGUGACAGCAAUAAAGUAGGGAUGUCACAUCGAAAAGUUGGAGCAUCUAACACAAAGAGCCGCUCCAAUCCACAAAAAGCUAUUUAA